AUGUGGCAAAAAGCAGCUCUGGGAGACGGCGACACUCCUUUUCGCCACCAUGUCGACGUUACAGCUCCUUCCUUCAACUGUUACAACAGCUCCCUGACGACGAUGCACUAUUCCAGCCAUUGGCACUUGGCUGUUCACCUUCUUGGCAGGAUGAGCACGGAAUCGGUGCGAGAGGACACGAUCUCCCAAAAUGCUGCGAUCAGUUCCCGCGAGCGAGGACGACAAUGGUGUGGGGCUCUGGACAUGUUGGCUCGCCUGCCGUCGAAGAGGCUGAAUCCAUCCUUGAUCACCUUCAACUCCACUAUCAGCGCAUGUGAGAAAGGUUCAGCCUGGGAGUCCUCCUUGGCAGUCCUUGCCACGCUACCUGGGCAGGUGGGGACAGAUUUGUUUACCUGCAACGGCAGCCUCAACGCUUGUGCAUCCUGGCUCCAGAGCUUGUCGCUACUCCGCGCGCUGCCGCUGUGGCGGCUGCUCCCAGAUCACUUCAGCCUUUCCACAGUCAUCAACUCCUGCCACGGAGUCUGGCGCCAUGCUACGGCUCUGCUGCAUGUACACUCGCCACAGCUCCGCAAUGAGGUGGGCUACGGUGCAGCGAUCAACGCUUGCGAGAAAGGCUCCGAAUGGAAUUGGGCAUUGGAGCUUGUGAGUUGCAUGGCGGUUGCAGCCAUGGUGCCAAACACGACCUGCUGCAACUCGGGGAUCUCCGCAUGCGAGAAGGGCUUCAGCUGGCUGCACGCUCUCAACGUGUUUGAGGCGAUGGCCUCGUUGCAGAUUAAGCGCGACGAGACUUCGCUCAAUGCCACAGCGAGCUCCUGUGAGAAAUCAGCCCAAUGGCUUCGAGCAGUCCUUCUGCUGCCAUUUCUGCCAGCGCUGUCACCUGCACCUGUAGAGCCCAUGGCGCACAAUGCUGCUAUUUGCGCUUGCUUCAAAGGAGGAUGCAGUUGGCAUUCUAUCCUGCAAGUGCUUGCAGAGAUCCCUCGCCUUCGAAUGGUGGCUACAGAGGUGUCCCUGGACUCCUUGAUUUAUGCAACGGCUGCAGCCGGGAAGUGGCGCCAUGCUGCAGAAAUACGCCGCGGCAUGGAGAUGCUCGGCACAGAACCUUGA